AUUCCAUUCAUUGAGUCCUCAUUUCACUAUACCAAUUCAAACUUCAAUUCAGAAAUUCUAAAGAAACUGUCAAUUAUUAUCUCCGGCGGAGUGUGUGUUCCCAGUAGUGUAUCAGUACGUGUUUCUAUGUACAUGAAUUCUGAAUCUACUUCCUUAUGCAUAUUUUUGCAUACGUAUACAAUCUUCUUCCAUUUACAUUUUCUUUUCAAAUUCCCUUCCUUAUUAUUUUCCAUUUUCCCUCCCAAUUCUGUAACUGUUCACUGGAAGCCUAGUGGAUUUUUCGUUUUCCCAGAAAAAUUAUUCAGACUGUUCGUUUUUCUCUUGCAUUUCACGUGAAUUUUAAAAACGGUUUUAGUUAAAAGAGUUCCGGAGUAUUAAAAUGGACAACGAAUUAAUGUUUGAUAACGUGAAAUUUGAGAAAGCGAAAGCAAUUGCUAGGUACAAUCGGUUUCAGGAUAUGAUGAAGAUGCUGCAAAUUUUCGAAGUGGUUGUGGCGGUUAUGUUGAUUUCAUGGUCCUGGACUCGUGUUCCGGCGGCCGUUAAACUCUCCGGCGAGUUUUUGGUACAAGUCUCGGCUUAUCUGUUUAAGCCUCACGUCGUUUUUCUCAUCGGCAACGGUAUUAUCGUUGCAAUCGUCGUGCUCUGCCGUCAAACUGACGCCGGAAGCAACGAGUCUGUUACGGAUGAUAUCAACAGCGAAGAAAUUGUCCAUAACGAAGUUCAACACCCGAUCGUCACUGCUACAUACGGCGGCGAUGUGCCGAUUUUAUCCUCUGAUUCGCGGCCGGUGACGUCGGAGCCUAGUGUUGCAACGACGGAAGAUGAACAGAUCGUGUCCUCCGAGAAGGUUCCAGUGAUGCAAUGUAACGACGUGGCUACAGCAAUUGACUCAGCAACAAAGCAGAUACAGAAGUUUAAAAGGAGUCAAUCGGAGAAAUUGAAGCGAGAAAUAGCGACGGCGAGUUCACAGCGAGAGCUCCGGCGUUCGGAAACAGAUAUGCGGCGGUUAGUCGUCCGUACCGGCGAUAGGAAAUCAACGGUACCAGUGGAAGCCGUCGACACACUGAGUAACGAAGAAUUUCGGCUUACAAUUGAAGCUUUUAUUAAGAAGAAUCAAACCUUCUUUGAAAAACAGAGGUUAGCUGAAGCAGAGCCAGAAAAGUAUGAACGAAUCGGUAUCAAGGCCUUUUGAAUUGUCUUGCAUUUAACUGAAUCGUAAGAAAUCGGAGUUUAAGGAGUAAUAGUUACUGGAUUACUACUACUUAAUUUUACCAUAUCGCAAAGGUGAAUGGGUUUUACUGUUAAUUACGGCGUACCUAUUACUGAGAUGUAUUAAUGUACAGUGCUACUCUGCCUAUUCCCUGUUUUAUUUGGAAUUAGGAAGCCAAGUUUACUUAAAUGUAGUACGGUAUAUGAUGUUCAUUUUAUAUGCAAUUGUUCUUAUGAAUAAUAGUAACCUUUUGUUAUUAAGCUUAAA